GAGGGGCCUGGCCUGGGAAUCCGCUGCUUCCCAUUCCAGGCGCAGGGGCACAACAUGGCGGAUUAGGAGGCGAGCGACGCGCCCGGAUACAACCAACAAAUCGUGGGAUACUGAUUCCCCGUGUCGCGGAGAGGGCAGGAAUAUAAGCUUGUCGGAAAGCUAGCGCACACCUUUAAGACUUCCCGAGACAUGCAUUUUGGAUACCAGUAAGCGCCUUCGUUGCUUUGCCCCACUCCAAAUUGGCUGUCUGUCCGAGAUCAUUCCUAUCACCCAGGCCCCCCACCCCGAACACACUCUCGGUUCCUGGGGUGUGGAGACAGGGGCCGGGGAAGUGGAAAACAAUCGCACUUUAUCUGGAACAUCAGGCUCCGUAGUGCGGGACAGGGCUGUCAAGGAGAUCAUUGUGCGAAUGAGUGAGUGAUGCAGGUUUCGUUUCUCCAGGGCAGUAUGGGUGUGUGUCCCCUGCUCCUGCUACUCCACGUAGCCUUUGUGGCCCUCAGCACGGCCCAGACACUCCCUGACCCUUCAGGUGCAGUCCUGACCGCCAAACCUACACACCCUCCUCCCACAUCACCCGCUAUAGUCACCCAGUCACCCCCAUCAAUCACCCCAUCUGCAGCACCAUCUCCUGAACUUGUUGUAACAACAGGACUCAAUGAUUCUGCGGGGGUGGUGACCCCAGAGGUUCCCACAGCCCCUCCUGUUGUCGCCCCUCCAAUUGUGGCCGUCCCUACUGAGGCACCACCCGCCCCCCCAACCCCAUCUGCCGCGUCCCCGUCCCUCACCACUGUCAAGACUACAGUUUUGGCUACAGCAGAGCCCCCUAAACCUGACCCGACACCCACUCAGUCCACUUCAGAGCCUGAGACAGACACUCCAUCGGCCCCUACAGAUGCAACCACAGCUGACAUCAGCAAGCCUCCAGAUGAUGAUGGGCAAGUUCAGGGAUACCAGGAGAAAAAUAAAUUUAUUGCUGCACAAGGACCGAAAGAGGAAACGGUCAAUGACUUCUGGAGGAUGAUCUGGGAACAGAACACUGCCACCAUCGUCAUGGUAACCAAUCUGAAAGAGAGGAAAGAGUGUAAAUGUGCUCAGUACUGGCCUGACCAGGGAUGCUGGACCUACGGAAAUAUCCGUGUGUCAGUGGAGGACAUGAUGGUUCUGGUUGACUAUACCAUCCGCAAGUUCUGCAUUCAGCAGGUGGGUGAUGUGUCUGGUAAGAAGCCUCAGAGGCUGGUCACACAGUUUCACUUCACCAGCUGGCCUGAUUUCGGGGUUCCUUUCACUCCCAUUGGCAUGCUGAAGUUCCUUAAGAAGGUCAAGACCUAUAAUCCACAGUAUGCUGGACCCAUAGUGGUUCACUGCAGUGCGGGUGUCGGCAGGACAGGGACCUUCAUCGUGAUCGAUGCUAUGCUGGACAUGAUGGGGGCGGAGAGAAAGGUCGACGUCUUCGGAUUUGUCACACGGAUCAGAGCCCAGCGCUGUCAAAUGGUCCAGACCGAUAUGCAGUAUGUGUUUAUAUUCCAAGCUUUGCUAGAGCACUACCUGUACGGGGACACAGAGUUAGAAGUGACGUCUCUGGAGUCUCACCUGAAUAAGCUGUAUGCUCCUUUACCUGGAGCUGGCUGUGGAGGCCUGGAGGCAGAGUUUAAGAAACUUACCUCCAUUAAAAUCCAGAAUGACAAGAUGAGAACAGGGAACUUGCCUGCCAACAUGAAGAAAAAUCGUGUUUUGCAAAUCAUUCCAUAUGAGUUUAACAGAGUGAUCAUCCCUGUAAAACGAGGGGAGGAGAACACAGACUACAUCAACGCCUCUUUUAUAGAUGGUUAUAGGCAAAAGGACUCGUACAUGGCAUGUCAGGGGCCGCUGCAGCACACCAUUGAGGACUUCUGGAGAAUGAUCUGGGAGUGGAGAAGCUGCUCUAUUGUUACGCUGACCGAGCUGGAGGAGAGAGGACAGGAGAAGUGUGCUCAGUAUUGGUCUAGUGAUGGUGUGAUGGUUUGUGGGGACAUGUCUAUUGAGUUGAAGAGGGAGGAGGAAAGUGAAAGCUACACUGUUAGGGACCUUCUUGUCACCAAUAACAGAGAAAAUAAGUCUCGUGCUGUGAGGCAGUUUCAUUUUCACGGCUGGCCAGAGGUGGGCAUCCCAUCUGAUGGGAAGGGUAUGAUCAACAUCAUCGCUGCAGUUCAGAAACAGCAGCAGCAGUCUGGAAACCACCCAAUCACUGUGCACUGCAGUGCCGGAGCAGGGCGCACGGGGACAUUCUGUGCUCUGAGCACGGUCCUGGAGCGGGUGAAGGCGGAGGGCAUUCUGGACGUUUUUCAGACGGUAAAGAGUCUAAGACUACAGAGACCGCACAUGGUGCAGACACUGGAGCAGUAUGAGUUCUGCUACAAAGUGGUCCAGGAAUACAUUGAUGCCUUCUCUGACUACGCCAACUUCAAGUAAAGCCACGCCCACCUGCAGAAGAUCGGACAGACUUUCCCAGUCAUGCACUCACGUCCACACUUUCACAAAAACACCGCUAAAUGAGACAGACUGCCAGCGCAAAGCAAAAGGGAAUGAAAAUCCUUUGGCCGGCAAGCACGAGAACACAUUGGUGCUGAAGAUGGAAAGAAAACAAACAAAGAAAACACCAUUAGAGAUGCCUUCUUGAAUAUUUUGUGAUAUUGCUCUUGUUAAUAAGGCCCUUACCCAUUUCUCUCAGUGUAAAUAUGCUCUUGUAUUUUUUCUUUUUCAUUUGUUUGGUUUUAGAAGCCGUUCUGUUGCGGUUUUUAGAGUGACCUUAAUAUAGUUUACUGGUAAAUAAAUGCAUAUAUGAAUAGCGCUAUAGAGACAGACGUGAAAGAGAGGUAGCAAGAUGAGGGUGCUUUUCACUGAGCGUUUUAACAAGAACUUGCUUCUUUCUCUGCAGUUGAGAGACUGAAACCUAUUUGAAUGGCAGCUCAAUCCCACUUGCCUGUAGCUACAUAGCGCAGAAUGCGGCAAAAUUAACCAAUCGUGGUGCUUCAGCAACUGUAAAUGCGUGCAUUCGCAGAAAACCCUUCACUGUACUUUUCGAUUGUUUACUGGAGUGGCAGAUAUCAUUUUGAGUGUUUUGACACUCUCAUUGAGUCCAUUUUUUUGGGGGUGUGACUAAGGCAUCCCUUAGAAAUGAAGAUGUGAAGUGUGUCUUUGUAGUGUCAGUUUUGUUAGAUAGUGUGCCAGACCCGACUUGUGUUCUGCCUUGGUCCAAACUAGACAAUGGUAGAGGAAGAUAAGACUUAAAAAGACAAACAAGAGGAAACCCUGAGUGUUAAGACUGGAUAAAUUCAGUUCUGGAUAAACUCUUCACUUAAUUUUUCUUUUGUGUAGUUUUGUCCCCUUUUUAAAGUUUCAUUCCAUGCUUUUUUUCCCCAAACAUCUUUUCCUUUCAAGAUCGCUCUAAAAGCACCUUCUGUAUUUGCGAUUGUAACCAAGGAAGUGAUGCUUACUUUCCCGGAUGUCUGAUAAUUGGCCUAAACAACUGUGCUUGACAAUAAGGUUUCAUAAUGUAUACGCAGUUACUUUUCCUUAAUUUGAAGAUAAAUGAUCCUACCGGCCCGUCUACUUGCAAGGUACUGGGGCAAAGUUGAUCCAGAAAGUUCUAGUAGAAAUGACACAUGAUCACCUGAUCAUCUGUUCCUGCCCAUGUAAAGGACUUCAGCCAUUGUGCCAAAGUCAACUAGCCCUUUCCAGCUCCACUGAGCCAGUUAGAUUGAUAUAUGACGCUUUCAGCCCUUAGCGGUGAGUACUUUCAACUUCUCCAAGCAAAAAGAACAGGUCGAUGGUAUGAAUGAGGACAUGUAUUGUCGUUUUAACUAGUGGAAACAUCUAAAGCUGAUUGUCAGUGGAAAGCAAGUUAUUUUCCAGGGAAUGAUUUAUGUAGGUUAAGCCCUCGUUCCACACUGCCUUGUGUUAGGAAAUGUAAGUUUUAUGAAAUGUAUGAUUUAGCUCCUAAAUAAACCCAAUAGGUGUCUUUCAAAAUCA